AUGAAGCUUCGAGAACUUCUUUUGAUGAGCUACACUCCUUUAUGCAAUCAGUGCCGGGACGAGGGUGAGGCAGGUAAUCAUGUUGGAUUUGAAAUUCGUUCUAGGAUCAAAAAAGCGAAAUAUUUUUCUCUGAUGUUUUAUUGUACAACAGAAGUUUCGCAUCAUGAGCAACUGUGUCAGAUUAUUAGAUACGUGAACAUAAAAGAUGAAUUCAUAUUUAUUGAAGAAAGCUUAAUAGAUUUUAUAGAAUUAGAAGAGAAAACUGGUAGUGGUUUAACAAAUGAAAUUAUUUGUAAGUUAGAAAAGGAUGGCCUCGACAUUCAAAAUGUUCGAAGACAGGGUUAUGAUAACGGGGCCAAUAUGGCUGAAUUGUACAAAGGCGUGCAUGCCAUUAUUUGCCAAAUAAAUGAUCAAGCUACAUAUAUUCCUUGUUCGGCUCAUAGUUUAAAUUUAGUAUACAAAAAUACUGCUUCAACGAAAUCAAUGUUAGAUACAAGGCCAGAUUUAGCAUUCUGUGUUGCCAUUCUUUCACAUCAUCUUGAAAAUACUUCAGAAGGUGAUUAG